CAGGGCGGUAAGACGUGUCGGAAAGAUUCAAACUCGUAUUAAAUUUUCGUAAAUAAAAUACGGAUUAACUUGCGGAAACUGUGCUUAAUGGAUUUUACGAAAUUCAACAAAAAUAAGUUAUCACUAUAAUAAAACAGGUGCUAAAAGAAAUUUGACUUCCUAACUUUAAUUUCUUGGCUUUAAGGUUGUAGAGAACAUCGAGAUUAUUAAACGGCAUAAUGAAAGUAUUCUUCUAUGUUUUCUUAAUAAUUAUGCUGAUAACAUUCAGUCUAAUAUCACUUGGAAUAUCAAAAAGUGUCCCUCCAACAAGACAGCUUCCGUCUACGACCAACAUAGAAAUAUCAAAAAGAGUACUUGAAGCAACACAGCUUCCGUCUACGAACGGCAUAAGAAUGUCAGAAAAAGUACCUUCAGCAACACAGCUUCCAUCUACGACUGACAUAGGAAUGUCAAAAAGACUCCGUCUAACAACACAACUUCUGUCUACGACCGACAUAGGAAUGUCAGAAAAAGUACCUCCAACAACACAGUUUCCGUCUAAGAACGACAUAGGAAUGUCAGAAGGAGUAUCUCCAACAACACAGCUUCCGUCUUCGACCGAUAUAAGAAUGUCUAAAACAGUGCGUCUAACAACACAGCUUCCGUCUACAACCAACAUAGGAAUGUCAAAAAAAGUCCGUCCAAUAACACAGCUUUCAUCUACGACCAACACACCUUCAACAUCAUAUGAAUCAUUGAUUGAUAUACGUGUUAUUAUAGACACCCCGGAAUUUAACAUAGUGACCUGCCCACCAGGGCAACUAAAAGACUCAUGCGGAAUGUGUCGCGACAGGGAAUAGCAUUAAAGAUAAGCAGAAGUGGCGAUUUCGACACUGACAAGGAGCACUCCGAAAGACCAAACACAAGACCAAAAACAAGCCGCAGGACGCCGAUCUGCAAGCGUUAUUGAAUGAAGAUGAUACGCAAACACAAUAUCAACUUGCGGAGGCAUUAAGUAUGACUGCCAUGGGAAAAAUUUAAAAGGAAGGAAAAUGGAUGCCACAUGAGUUGACUGAGAGACAAAUGGAAAAUCGAAGAGCCACUUUUGAAAUUUUGCUUUUGCGGUAUGAAAGAAAUAGUUUCCUACAUCGAAUUGUUACUGGCAAUGAGAAGUGGAUAUAUUUCGAGAAUCCCAAACGCAAAAAAUCGUGGCUUUCACCUGGCGAAACAU